CACCCUCCCCUGGCCCAACGCACAGCAGGAUCAGUCCAGGCUCUUUCACCUACCUCCUCCUAGCAUAGGUCCACUCAGUGAGGAGAAGAAGCCUCCUAAAGACACACCUCCACCCAGCACACUGGAGUCAGACCCACUGAUGGCCAUGCUGCUGAAGCUCCAGGAGUCGGCCAACUGCAUAGAGUCUCCAGAGAGGGAAGGCAGUCUUGAUCCCACUCUGCAGGCUACACUCUGAGUAGACUGUCGAUAAAGCUAAGGAACUGUCGACUCUACAGCGCGGCUCUCACAAAUGCAGUUCAAAUGAGAAUUUAAAGACUCCAAGAUGAACUUUAAUGUGUGCUCAGUGAGCAGUUACAAAGCUAAUGUAAAGAAUCUACAGAGAGAGGGAGUAGGAGGAUUAUGGACAGUGGACAAUGGGUUUGCUCCUCCCGGAUAUCUGAACAUGGGAAAGAUGAUGAAACCGCUUUGACAGGAAGCUGCGAUGAUCACGGCGGGGAAAGAUGGUGUCUUUUCUCCCUUCUGCUCUCAGCUGGUAUCAGAUGGGCUGUUGUUGAAUCUGCAAGUGCAUGGUGACCAAAAUAGUAUAAAACAAAAUAUUACCUAUAACCCCGUUGAAUAUUUGUUCCCUUUGUUUUUGUUUUUUUUCCCUCACAACAACUAUUGGUGCUUAUAGGUUUAUUUUGGAGGCACAUGCGUCAUUUCAGGAAUGCAGACUACAGAAAAACAGUCUGAUCACUCCCCAAAAAGUAGGACCAGCACUUGACUACAGCCAAAAUGCACUUUAUUUUUUUACUUGCAAUAAUUGGAUUUUAGGAGGCCGUGUCAGUGACUGUGUAUCAAAUGGGGGGAUCGGCUUGGCCAAAUCAUGCAGUUCACUAGUAAAUCCUCCAGAUGGCAGCAUCUAUUGAUUCCUGCCUCUCUCCUGUUCAUGGUGCGCUUUCAGUCUCACUAAAGGUGCUUGGUAGAACAUAACGCACACUCAAAAACACAACUAUGAAAAAGGCCUUGAAUGUUUUCUUCUUUUCAGUUCUGCUAUUUUGUCAUUUAUCGAAUAAACAGAACUGCGAAGCUGCAAAGAGCAACGUGCAUGAGGUGAAAACUGAAACGAGUGAUGAUUUCAUUUUGGGUUGAGUCUGUAAAGAGAAUGUCAUCAUACGUGGACUCAGUAACCAGUGUUAUGCUGAUAUUAUAACCACAGGAAGUCGAUGUACUGAAUUAUAAACACAGAGAGAGAAAAAAAUUGAAGAAAAAAACACCCACGACCUGCUUGUUUAUUGAGCACCGUUUCUGGCUAUGCUUGCGUAUACUCUGUAUUUAGAUAUCAGUUUUAAAACACAGACUUCUCUUGUAAUAGCUGACGACACAGCUCUCAAAGUCUUGAUUUUGUAGGAUUUUUUGUACCGAGUCAUCUUCAGUGAUCGCCCGUAUGCCGACGUUUAUCACCUGUGUCAUCAUCCCUGAAGCAGAAAACUAGCAAAAAAUAGCCGUAACAUUUUCCUUCCUUUCCUUUACUUCCAUCUUUUGAUUAAAACGUGACUUUCUGCUAAUUGUCAGUUUCCUUUUCUCACAUGGUUUGAGUUACCGUCAGAAAAGACUGAUUAAUAUUUAAAUGUGACUUCCUCCCGUUUUGUUUCUUCAUUGGUUUGCACAUGAAAUAUGCUAGAGGUAGUAGAUGACAGUAUUUAUUGCUCACAUCUUGACUGUUAACUGAGAUAAAGUGAGAAAGUAUAAAGAGCGGUGUAAGAGGAGGGAACUGUAGGUUGCUGGGAUACUCUUAAACCCCUUAGCUUGACCCUGAAGUACCUCAGACUGCCAUACUCUGCCCACAUGUUCCUCUACUGCUGUAAAGUAGAGGCACGAUGCCUAAGUCUAUCUGUGCCUGAAACACAAUUUGGCCUAAAAAGCUGCUUUGAUCUACCACACAGAGGCCUCGAUCUAGAGGGAACAUAACUAGUUCCACUGACCUACUCUGAUGUCACUUCCAUGUCAUCACUUUAAUGCCCAAAUUUGGGUUUCGAGUGGGUUAUCGAUAUAUUUGGAGCCUUUGACAGGCAGUUAUGUGAUAAGCUGUAAGUUAAGAUGAUGUGUGUGUCAGUAAACUGCAGUUAAUGCGAAUGUGUAUCAUGACUAGGCUGCUUUGCACGAUUUGACACCAUCUUCAACUUAAGCUUGAAGGUCUUGUCGUCAUUGGGGAGUUGCCUGAGAAAUGGGAAGCUGCGUGAGAACAGAUGCAAGCCUAGAGAUGUGAUGUUGAUGCAUGUAUCCCUGGUGUGUUCCCAAAGUUUCCUUUCAUUGGACCUACCGCACUUAAACCUUAUCACGGGAGGGAUUUUUAAAUAACUGGAUAUCUUCCUCUUUUUCACAUUGUUUUUAAGAGCAGACGUGGGGGGUUUUUGUGUUUUUUCUUAUGCAAAUAUUUGUAAAGAUGUUUUGUUUUUCCUCUUUUGUACAUUACAUCACUAUUGUAAACACUGUAAAUAGUCACUGUGUCUGCGACAACAAUCACUUAAGAGAUCUAAGAGAAAGUUGGGCCCGCGUAUGCAGAAAAUGAGCGUCCUCUGUGGUUGUAUUGUCUUCCUCCAGCAGGAAGGAGCACUUAGCUUAAAAGUGGGCUCGGUAAAGGUUGUAUGGCAUGUCUCUAUAACCACAUUGAAUCCCAUAUGUCUAACAUUGAGCAGUUGUUACAAUAAAGUCAUGCCAUUCAUCACAUCACUACCUGUUUUCUACUUGUUUCUUUAUAAUCCACUAGGGGGUGCUAAUGGGCCACUACUCAAUUAAGUUGAAGGACCGCUCUGAUGUAUUUGAUGGUUUCUUAAUUAUCAGUUUAAUUAUCGACAGGUGUGUUACCUGAGUUAAAGGUACACAACUUUUUUCUCCUUAUAUUUCUUUACCUUCAGUCUUCCCAUAGAAGAUGUGGCUUAAGUGGGUAGGCGGGUGUAGAAGUCAUGGGGAUGGGUGGAGCAGCCCACCAGCCCUCAGUAUAUAUGUUACCUAAGACUCUUCCACCGCCUCAUCCCGAGGAGUUCGCGUCCGCCUGCAAGAUGCCGGCCAAACCUGCACCUAUCAAGAAGUCACCAGUCAAGAAGGCUGCGGAGAAGGCACCUGAGCCCGUUCCACCCGUGGAGGCUCCACCUGCCGAGGCCGCACCUGCUGAAGCUCCCGCAGCCGAGGCAGAAGCAGCUGCCGCCCCUCCAGCAGAAGACGCUCCCGCUCCUGCCGCUGAAGAUGCUGCUGCUGCUCCUGCUGCAGAUGCUCCGGCAGACGCUGCUCCAGUGGAACCUGCUGUAGUCGAGGAGCCACCUAAGGCCCCCACACCACCACCUCCUGCAGUCCCCACCAGUGCUCCUUUGGACGUGUCUGUGGAUGAUGUUAACGACUCCAGUCUCACCAUUAAGUGGAAGACACCAGAGACCAUCGGAGACUCGGGCCUGGAUGGAUACGCCAUCGAGUACUGCAAGGAUGGAACAACAGACUGGGUUGUAGCUAACGAGGAGCUGACUGCAGCUAACCGAUACUGCAUCAAAAAUCUGAAAGCGGGUGAUUUGCUGCGCGUGCGCGUGGUGGCUGUAAACCCCGGUGGCCGCAGCGAACCUGGAACACUCGCUGACCCUGUGCCAAUCCGCGAGGUUGUUGACCGUCCCAAGAUCCGCUUGCCUCGGGCUCUCAGGUCCCGCUAUGUCAAGAAAGUCGGAGAGCAGAUCAACCUCGUCAUCCCGUUUCUUGGAAAGCCUAAACCUGCAGUGUCCUGGCUUAAAGAUGGUCAGCCUGUGGAUACCAAGAAGGUCAAUAUCAGGAACAGUGACAAGGACAGCAUCCUGUUCAUCCGCGGCGCUCAGAGGGAGGACUCUGGUGUUUAUGAGAUGACCCUAAAAGUGGAUAGCUUUGAAGAUAAAGGCACAAUUACCCUUCAGAUUGUGGAGCGCCCUGGUCCUCCUGUUAGUAUAAAGCUGGUGGAUGCCUGGGGCUUCAAUGCUGCUCUGGAGUGGACUCCACCCAAGGAUAAUGGCAACACAGACAUCACUGGAUACACUGUCCAGAAAGCUGACAAGAAGACUGGGGAAUGGUUCACGGUGCUGGAGCACUAUCACAGGUUAAGUGCCACCAUCUCAGACCUUGUCAUGGGCAACUCGUAUUCCUUUAGAGUGUUUGCUGAAAACAAAGUGGGCAUGAGCGAGAAGAGCACUGUCACAAAGGAAGUGGCCACCAUCCAGAAGACAGGUAUUGUCUACAAACCUCCUGAGUACCCGGAGCAUGACUUCAACGAGGCUCCAAAGUUCACCACGGCCCUCAACGACAGAGCCGCCACCGUGGGAUACACCACCAAGCUGCUGUGCUCUGUUCGUGGGAGUCCCAAGCCUAAGAUCGAGUGGUUGAAGAAUCAAAUGGUCAUUGGUGACGACCCCAAGUAUCGUCAGAUCUCCAACCAGGGCAUUUGUUCCCUCGAGAUCCGAAAGCCCUGCAGCUUUGAUGGUGGUGUGUACACCUGCAGAGCUAAAAAUGCCCAGGGAGAGGCCACCGUCUCCUGCAAGCUCGAGGUCAAACAGGUCAUUCUUCCAGAUGCUGAGAAGGGGAAAUAAACUAUUAUCUAAACUUCUAGAGAGGACCAGCAGAAGUCCAGGUCUUAUGUUUUAAGAGUGUUUGAGAAGGUGCAAGUUGGCUGUGCGGCAGUGUGUACAUAAUGAAGAAAUGGGCAGAACACCAUACCAACAUCUAUUUCAAAUCAGACACCCUGACUCUCCCUCCAGCAUGCAUGGAAGAUCCAGCCCAUCCCCGUUUGCCAAACGCUGUAUGUUAUUUCAGUUGGUGACAUGUAUGUAAAGCUAUAUUUACCAUGUUUUUUCUGUUUGUUAUAGUAAGUAUAUAUGAGGUAUAUGUACUGCUCAAUGAAACAGUAAAUCCUGGGAGAUGCGAUGCCUGUAGGGAUGUUAAAUAAAGGUUAUAUUUUA